AUGCAUAAUUGGCGAUAUGUUCAACGAGAAAUUUUUAUUUCUAAAUAUUAUAUUUUAGUUUUGUUAAUUAUGAGUGCUUAUACAUGGAUCUCAGAAUACAAUAAACACCUGGAAGAGACCCUUCUUAAGUCGUAUAACCGAAAGCAUAGACCCGUUAAAAAAGAAUCAACGACGGUGCAAAUUCAAAUAUAUUUGUUGAUUGGUCAUAUUGAAAAAGUGGAUGAGCGCGAGCAAACGAUGCUGUUGCACGGAUUGUUAUGGGCAACAUGGACUGAUGAAUAUCUACAAUGGGAUCCAAGUAAAUACAAUAAUACAAAGAGAAUUGCUAUUGAAAGUUGGAAAAUCUGGCAACCAGCGUUGGCACUCUAUAAUAGCGCUCGCGGAAAUUCAUGGUAUUUACAUAUGGAGGGACUUCCAGCUUCAGUGGGCAAUGAUGGAAAAGUUUGGGCGUCAGGUUCUUUCAGCUUCCAUGUGACGUGCCUUUUUGAUUUCACCGAUUAUCCAUAUGAUGAACAGGAAUGCCCAAUAGUUAUCGCCGACUGGAUUUACGACCUUUCAAAAGUGAAUCUUUCCGAUGCGUUCGGUAACACUCCGUGGAAUAAACCCGCCGUAAAACUAAACUAUGAUCCCUUGAACAAUAGCAGUCCAAAGAAACACGUAGCCGGUUGGGAAGUUAAAGAUACAUGGCGAAGACAGUGCUACUGGGGACCAUCUGGUUGCAAAGACGAAAUACCUGAAGGACAGCCGGAAUGGUUUUGGUCAUUGAUCGAGUUUGGUAUCAGAAUAAAAAGGCAAGUACCAUAUUUUGGAACAACAAUUAUCCUACCUAGUCUAGUCACAAGUGCACUUACGCUAUCAAUUUUCUGGAUCGAUACGUUUUCCUUGGCUAUACCCAUGUCGGUAUUGAAUAUUGUGUUACAGGCUUUAUUCGGAUGGGAUCUUAUAAAAGGUUUACCACCAGGCAAUGGCCGCGUACCCAAGAUUGUUUCAUUUUAUGGUUUCAACCUUUCGUUAACGGCUAUCACAUUUAUUCUACAUGUCAUGAUUUUAUAUCUAGAAAAUAUUCUUCCAAAAAAUAUCGAAUUGCCUUUUAAGAUAACAAAUAUAACGGAGAGCCUGCGACAGAUACGAACAUUUAAUAUCAAGGGAUUAUCUUUUGACCCACAGACUCUUUUUUCUGGAGAUUUCGAUGAAAGUAUAUUAAAUCAUAGUUCUGAGGUAUCUGAAGAACACGAGAACGGUGGAAAUGCAAUGGCGCUGCAGCAAGAGAGUGCAAGUAAUGUAGUAAGGGAGGCUGACAAAACUCUUUCAUCUAAUCCUCCACUCAAUGAAGAAAUUAAUAUUGAGACGAAUAGUUCUGAGAGCGUUGAAUUUAACCAUGUUGCACAACAACUUUAUAUAUUUCGUAGACUAAUGUUUUUCAUCUAUCUGAUUAUGUAUGUGAUAACCCUACCUAUUUGUUUGCUUUGA